GACAACCGAACCUCAAAACCUCGUCCUCACUUCAUUGUUUUGGAUCUUGUCUUUCUCACUUUAACGUUGUAGAAAAAAGUAAAAGAAAAAAAAGACAAAACAAACCAACGGCGCAGCAUGCAUGAAUUCUGCUGGCACCAAAUGUAACUCUAGAUAUUGUAUGCAACAAGCUGGUAAAUGGGUAAUAAUGGUAAAUGGAAUAUUUGUGCACUAAGAAGAAGUUCAAAAGCAUCAUCAUCAUUUUCUACUUCCAUGAAGCUCUUGUUGUCAUUGGUGCCUCUUAUCCUUGUUGCGGUUGUUGGGAUUGUUUCUUUAAUAAGUCCAAUCAUUUUGAGAUGUGAUUUUAUUGGAAAAAGUGCUUUUUUUUCGAGCUUUGUUAAUUCUUCUUCUUUUUCUUCAAACUUGUCAUUAUUUGAUGAGAAUGAGAAAAAAGGGAUUGUGGAGUUGAGAUCUGAAACGACGGUGGAAGUUAAUAAUACUCACAAUGCUACCUUCAAUCAUUCCUCUAAUUCAAUACAAACACUUCAACAAACUAAUGAAAGUUAUGUAGCUCAUCAGAAAAUGAAGCAACAAAGAAAGUUCAGCAUCUUAGAUAGAACUGAAGCCGGUCUAUUACAAGCUCGAGCUGCUAUUAGAGAAGCCACCAAUCAAACAUUACAAGAUCCAGACUAUGUUCCAAUAGGUCCAAUGUAUUGGAAUGCUAAGGCAUUUCACAGGAGCUACUUAGAAAUGGAGAAACAGUUCAAAGUAUUUGUAUAUGAAGAAGGGGAGCCACCAGUUUUUCACAAUGGACCAUGCAAAAGCAUAUACUCCAUGGAAGGGAACUUUAUCCAUGCUAUUGAAAUGAAUGAUCAAUUUAGAACAAGAGAUCCUGACAAAGCACAAGUAUUUUUCCUUCCAUUCAGUGUGGUAAUGUUGGUUCGAUUCGUCUAUUUAAGAGACUCUCGUGAUUUUGGACCUAUAAGAAAAACUGUCAAUGACUAUAUCAAUGUCAUUGCUGGAAAAUAUCCUUAUUGGAACCGUAGCCUUGGAGCUGAUCAUUUCAUGCUAGCUUGCCAUGAUUGGGGGCCUGAGACAUCAUUCUCCGUACCAUACCUACACAAGAACUCAAUCCGUGUACUAUGCAAUGCCAACACCUCAGAAAAAUUCAACCCUUCAAAGGAUGUUUCAUUCCCCGAAAUCAAUCUCCAAACAGGUUCAAUAAACGGUUUCAUAGGUGGACCAUCAGCAUCCAAACGUCCAAUAUUAGCUUUCUUUGCUGGAGGACUUCAUGGCUACAUAAGAUCCAUUCUCCUUGACCAUUGGGAAAACAAAGAUCAAGACAUCAUGGUACAAAAGUAUCUUCCAAAGGGUGUUUCUUACUAUGAAAUGUUGAGGAAGAGCAAGUUCUGUCUUUGUCCAAGUGGGUAUGAGGUUGCUAGUCCAAGGGUAGUUGAGGCUAUUUACACAGGUUGUGUUCCUGUAUUGAUUUCAGAACAUUAUGUUCUUCCAUUUAGUGAUGUUUUGAAUUGGAAGUCUUUUUCUGUUGAGGUUAAGGUGGAGGAUAUUCCUAAUUUGAAGGAUAUUUUGAUGAGGAUUUCGACAACACAGUAUAUAAGAAUGCAGAGAAGAGUUGGACAGAUUAGGAGACACUUUGAGGUUCAUUCUCCACCUAAGAGAUUUGAUGUGUUUCAUAUGAUCCUUCAUUCUGUUUGGCUUAGAAGAUUGAACUUCAGGGUCCAUGAUGAUCAAUAAAUAAACUUUCCUCCUAUGUCCUAACUUAUGUGAUCAUCUUUUACAAUUCACAAUCUAAUAUGAUGGAUGGAGUGAUUUUAUGUUUUUCUGUUCUGUAUAUUAUGCAGGAAAAGUUAUAUUUCACCAAAAAAAAUGCAAGAAAAGUUAUAAUAUUAUGGAAACUUUGGAAA